AUGAACAACUCGGGCACGUCCUUAUCCGGUUUUUUUUCUCCGACUUCAAUGCCGGAUUUCACGAGACAAGUCCAAAUGUACGACAUUGAGGCCACGAACGACGAGGUUCGGGCUAGGUCCGGCUUCUUGGCCCGAACCAAGUCCUUGAGCAUCUCUAUAUGGGUUCGGGUCAGGGUGUAUGUGGCCCGGACCCGGUUUGUUGGCAAGGGGAAAGGUGACGGGUUGACCGGGAACUUACGCAGAACCUCCCAGAAAAUCGAGUCGAUUCCGAUCGUGUCUUUGAUAAAAGAUCGGUCGAAAACCGGCAAAUAUGAGCUGUAA